CGGGAAUCCCGGGCACUGGAGCUAGGUAGCUUUCCUCGGCCGAAUCCGGCGGUCUUGCCCCACCCAGGCCCGGUUAACAGGCGGGCGGGCCCCAGGGCUGCGCCUGGCCCCGCUUCUCCGCCCUCUCCUCGCAAAGGCUUUGAUUGUUGUUACAUGAAUGACUCGGACAAGCUGUAAGGAGACUUGGGGGCCAACUUUCAAUACCCAGACAUACCCGUUCCCUCUUGUUUGGAGCAAUGCUGAAAUUUCAAGAGGCUGCUAAGUGUGUGAGGGGAUCCACGUCUGUCUCCACUGCCCCAAAGUCCUUGAUUGCAAGACGAUAUGUGCUUCAGCAGAAACUUGGCAGUGGUAGUUUUGGAAUUGUCUAUCUGGUGGCAGACAAGAAAGCCAAACCUGGAGAGGAACUGAAGGUACUGAAGGAAAUCUCCGUGGGCGAGCUCAAUCCCAACGAGACUGUGCAGGCCACACUGGAGGCCCAGCUGCUCGCCAAGCUGGACCACCCAGCCAUCGUCAAGUUCCAUGCCAGCUUCGUGGAGCGAGAGAACUUCUGCAUUAUCACGGAAUACUGUGAGGGUCGAGAUCUAGACUGUAAAAUUCAGGAAUAUAAAGAAGCUGGGAAAACCUUUCCUGAAAGUCAAAUACUAGAAUGGUUUAUCCAGCUGUUACUGGGAGUUGACUACAUGCAUGAAAGGAGGAUACUUCAUCGAGACUUAAAAUCAAAGAACAUAUUUCUGAAAAAUAAUCUACUUAAAAUUGGGGAUUUUGGAGUGUCUCGACUCCUAAUGGGAUCCUGUGAUCUUGCCACAACUCUAACUGGAACUCCCCAUUAUAUGAGUCCUGAGGCUCUGAAACACCAAGGCUACGAUACCAAGUCGGACAUCUGGUCUCUGGCUUGCAUCUUAUAUGAGAUCUGCUGCAUGAGGCACGCAUUCACUGGCUCCAAUUUCUUGUCCAUUGUUUUAAAAAUUGUGGAAGGCGACACGCCUGCUCUCCCCGAGCAAUUCCCAAGGGAACUCAACGCCAUCAUGGAAAGCAUGUUGAACAAGAGUCCUUCACUGAGACCAUCCGCUAUAGAAAUUUUAAAACUCCCAUACAUUGAUGAACAAUUGCAGCACCUGAUGUGUAGAUAUUCAGAAAUGACUCUGGAAGACAAGAAUUCGAAUUGUCAGAAGGAAGCUGCUCAUAUAAUUAAUGCCGUGCAAAGGAAGAUCCACCUGCAGACCCUCCGGGCACUCUCUGAAGUGCAGAGAAUGACCCCCAGAGAACGGAUGCGGCUAAGGAAGCUCCAAGCAGCAGAUGAUCGAGCAGGGAAGCUGAAGAAGCUGGUGGAAGAAAAAUAUGAGGAAAAUAACAAACGGAUGCAAGAAUUGAGAUUGCGGAAUUUUAAGCUGCUGAAUGUCGAUAUAUUUCAUGAAAAGAAGAGUUUGACGGGAACAGAAGGAAAAGAGCCCCAGGAUGAAAAGGAGCUUUCCUGUCAGCCUCAGGGAGAGGCUGAAGAGAUGCGGCCUGGCAGAGGCAAGGAAUCUGAUGACCUGACUUCAGAGAACCCGCCAGAAUCUCAGCUCAUGUCUUUCCUGAACUUUGGCACACUGGAACCCAGUGUCAAGGAGGCCGGAACUGACCUUGGUGAUCACGAGAUCCCAGAAGACCCCCUCGUAGCAGAGGAGUAUUACGCGGAUGCAUUCGAUUCCUGUUCUGAAGAGAGUGAGGAGCGGGGAGAAGAAGCCUUGUUCUCUGGGUCAGGGGAAGACUGCAGCGAGGAGGAGGAGCCCCAGCUUUCCUACAGAACGAACCAACAGGACAGUGACAUUGAAGCCCUGGUCAGGUGUUUGGAAAACGUCUUGGGUUGCACCUCACUAGACACGAGGACCGUCACCAGCCCAGUGCCAGCUGCGUCCCCUGGACCAACCGUUUUCAACAAUACGAUGGCUGGAACCAAGAUGAAGCGCAUGAGAGAAUCCGCCAUGCAGAAGCUGGGCACGCAAGUGUUUGAGGAGGUCUACAGUUACCUCAAGAAGGCCAGGCAGCAGAAGGCCAGCGAGGCAGAGAUCCGGGAGUCUCUGGAAAAAGUGGUGCCCCGUGCCAGCGACUGUUUCGAAGUGGACCAGCUCCUCUACUUUGAGGAGCAGGGGCUGAUCCCAAUGGGAGAAGGGCCCAGACACCAGAAGCAGCCCUAAGAAACUGUCCAGAAGAAGCAUGUUCCAGCGAGCACUUUCCUCGCACAUCCGUAGAACCCACUGGCUGGGUGCUCUUCCAGGAAGUCGUUGCCCAGCUGGAACUGCUGUCUUGCCCUUCACUUCCUUGACUCCUUUGGAGAGCCGGGAAUACAUCUGCUGUGCUCGGAUUCCUUAACCAGUCAGCGUUGUUGGCUCUGAGCCGUGGAUGGAGCUGGGCUGUCCUGCCCCGUGCUCUCAAAGCCUCAAAGCUCCCAGCAGCUUCAGUCCACCUGUUGGUGGCCUGGAAGAGGAGGUCAUCUGCCCUUUGCAGUUUCUGGUUGGACAGACCCAGCACAGGCUCACUGGCCUGCGUGUUAUAGAGUGGCCCUUCAACAUUGGGCUCUAACACGCUGAGAUGCUGCCCUCAGAGCCAGCCGUUCCCGUGUGAGGUAAUUCCAGCCAGGGAGAAAUCCCUUAUGUAUGAGAACAGGAUUCAAACAUCCAGAAAAGGGCUGUUCUUCUCUCGCUCAGUGCCCAAGUCCAUCCGUGAAGUAUUGAGGAAUGUGAUUUUUUUUUUGUUGUUUGUUUGUUUUUUGGGUCACACCUGACAAUGCACAGGGGUUACUCCUGGCUCAUGCACUCAGGAAUUACUCCUGGCGGUGCUCAGGGGACCAUAUGGGAUGCUGGGAAUCCAACCCGGGUCAGCAAACGCCCUACCCGCUGUGCUAUCGCUCCAGCCCCAGGAAUCUAAUUCUUGAUGAAUGUAUUUUUCCCCCCAUGGUUACAAAAGAAAUCACCUACUUCAUCUUUUCCUUACCCAGCAGUAUAUCAAUGAGCAUAAGACAUACAUGUCAUGAUUAGAGCAUAUAACAUGGUUUAGCUGCCGCUUAUCUGGUACUGUGCUUUAUCAUUUAGGAAUCGCACUUGAUUGGCUCUUUUCACUAAUGAUAAGGGCGAGAGGCUCCCCAUGAACUAGCCCAAGACAUUUGUUACAAAAUGAGUCACAUGAAUCUAACUCACAGAUGCCCUAUUGCUCCCAGUGCUGCCUCUUGCUAAGGACUGAGGCAAUCAAGAGAGUUUGGCAGCCCAGUGAUUAUCACUGGUGGGGCCAUCCCUCAACACCAUACAUUGUCAUUUAGACCAGAGUUUCUCAAAUGUGAGCAUUGGCAUUGAUCUGAGUGAUGUUAAAGGCAAGAGCAUAUUGCCGCCCAUCCUCAAUUUAUCAGAUCUAGGUGAAUUGCAAGGUGGGAAUUUGCAAAGUCUAAAGUGAUGCCCAGGUAAGCCAAGGACCACUCCAUCCAUUGCGAAGAUCCUUGUUACUCAAUACUUUGGUGUCCUUGUGAUUGCAUCUUUCAUUCAUCCAUGAGGCCUGGGAAGAAGGACCCAGAGACUUGGAUCCCUCAUCGUGAAUUCUCUCGAAAGAGGAUGAUCAGCAGAGGAUGUCAAGCAAGUGACUUGAGGGGUCGUGACAGAGUCAGCUUAUGAGGACAAGGGAAGACGGCAACUGUGCUUGAGGUCUCAUUUGUCUUCUGGGAACUAAACCCUUCCCCCACCCGUGACCCCACAGCUUCUGCAGUGCUCAUGGACUGGUGGACCUCACUGUUCUGUGUUCUCUCUCCAUCCUAGCUGCUGAGACUGGGUUACAAAAUAUUUAGGGUCAUGAA